AUUUCAUUUCUCUGUAUGGAAACGUACGUAUUUUUCGCCCAAAAAGAAAAAAAAAAAAAAAAAACGAAACGGAGAGACUUUUUUCCGUCUUUAAGAGAGCGGGAACACGUCGUGCUGCGCCCUUGCUCCCUCUUUCCAGCGUCUUCAUCUUCUCUUUCAUUCUUCCAUUCCAUCUCUUUUGACGUCAUUUUGGAACUAGAGCUGGAUCCGGAGCUUGAACCAGAACAGCUUGCAGCUAUGGUUCCACCAAUUGAAACCACAAACAAGACUUCUGAUGCUCAUCGUGCCCCACAUACACCUCUUAACGAGAGGAUACUUUCAUCCAUGACCAGGAGAUCUGCUGCUGCACACCCUUGGCAUGAUCUCGAGAUAGGACCUGGAGCUCCAAAUGUGUUCAACUGUGUAAUUGAAAUAGGGAAAGGGGGCAAGGUGAAAUAUGAACUUGACAAGAAAACUGGAUUGAUUAAGGUCGACCGUGUGCUCUACUCAUCAGUUGUGUACCCACACAACUAUGGCUUCAUUCCUCGUACUCUUUGUGAGGACAAUGAUCCCAUGGACGUCUUGGUUAUCAUGCAGGAGCCUGUUCUUCCUGGAUGCUUUCUUCGCGCCAAAGCUAUAGGCCUCAUGCCUAUGAUUGAUCAGGGCGAGAAAGAUGACAAGAUAAUUGCUGUUUGUGCUGAUGAUCCCGAGUACCGACACUACAAUGAUAUCAAGGAGCUCCCACCACAUCGUUUGGCUGAGAUCCGCCGCUUCUUUGAAGAAUACAAGAAAAAUGAGAACAAGGAAGUUGCGGUUAAUGACUUUCUGCCUGCCUCUGCUGCCAAUGAAGCAAUUCAGUACUCCAUGAAUCUCUAUGCGGACUACAUAGUGGAGAGCUUGAGGCGGUAGUCGUUUGUGCAAAAGUAAUACAUUCUGGGAUGUGAUCCUGUUACCCAGGAAAGUCGCUGUUAUAUAAGUUUUUUUUCUCUGAUCCAAGGAACCUCUAUAUAUAUCUUGCUGCUGUGCAUGCGUACGUUGGCCUCACAAAUGUGUGCGCUAAGACUGCAACAUCUAAAUUGUUUGGUUUUUAUUUUUA